CUCUCUCUCGGCCAUGUCUGCGGCAGCAACUUUGGUUUCAAGCUCGACUCUCAACUCUCUCGCACAAUUUAGAAAAACGAGGAAGAAGAUUCUUGAGAAUACCGUUUCAACUUUCAGAAGUUCCUCAAGUCCUCUCACUGUAAUCUUUCUCAGAAACUCAUAUGGAUACAAGAGAAAUUCAAUCUCCAUCACCAGGAUCAAACGUCUUUCACCUGUCAUGCAAUGGCAGGAUUGCUCGGCUAAGAUGGAAAUUCAUGUCCCCUGUUCUGUUGCCUAUGAUUGUUACUCUGAUCGUGAAUCCAUUCCCCAUUGGAUGCCUUUCAUAUCAUCUGUAAAGAUUGUAGAGGAUAAGCCUGAUCUGUCUCGCUGGUCAUUUAAAUAUAAAGUAUUCGGUCGUGAUAUUGAAUUUUCUUGGCUUGCCCGGAAUCUCCAGCCUAUACCUAAUCAGAAAAUCCACUGGCUAUCUCUAGAAGGUCUUCCAAACAGGGGAGCUGUCAGAUUUUACCCAAAAGGUCCUUCAUCAUGCAUUGUAGACCUUACUUUGUCAUAUGAAGUCCCACAAAUUUUGAUUCCGGUGUCAUCGGCACUGCAACCGUUUCUCAAAGGUUUGCUCCUGCGUGGUUUGGAGCGGUUUGCAAAGAUUGCUAAAAGCCAACUUGACUUUACAAAGUUAUAAUGGGCACAACUGUGUACUUGAGUCCCAGAAUAAAUAAUUAUUCCAUUGCUUCACCAAUUCUCAAAACUCAUCCCCC